AUGGCUAAUCUCACUAUUAACACUGAUGUAUGUAUUGGAUGUGGAAUGUGCACAAAAGAAUGUCCUUGUAGGGUAUUAAAGGUUGAAGGUGGUAAAGCACUUGUUGAUGAGAAACAAUCUCCAAAUUGUAUGAGUUGUGGACAUUGCCAGUCUAUUUGUAAAGCUGGUGCAAUUUCACUUUUUGAACAAAAAUGUGAACCAUUACCAGAUGAACAUACUUCAGUUAUUGGAGCAAUUAAAACAAGACGUUCUGUAAGAAAAUGGAAAGGAGCAAUUCCAAACGAAGAAUUAAAAGAAAUGAUUAACCUUAUUAAAUUUGCACCAUCUGCUUGUAAUUAUCGACCAAUCAAAUUUAUGGUUAUCAAUAGACCAAAAUUAACUGAGGUUCUUACUCAUCUUGCUAGUCGUGCUGCUAACCUUGAAACAACUCCUGCAAUUUUUAGACCAGUUUGUGCAUAUCAAGCUAAAGUUGAUAUUAUUGGAAGAGAUGCACCUCACAUGAUCAUUGCAUAUGCUGAUGAUCAACACAAAGAAUUUGCUAAUGAUGAUGCAACAAUCAUGCUUGCAGAAUUAGAGCUUGCACUUGUAAGCAAAGGAUAUGGAUCAUUUUGGUGUGGGUUUAUGAAAGUGUUAUUAAAAGAUCCAUAUGCAAUGGAAUAUAUUGGACUUAAAGGUCAACAUUGUUAUGGAUGUAUGGGCAUGGGUAUUCCCAAUAUUACUUACCAUCAUCUUGU